UCCGCCCCGAUGGCCGCGGCUAGGUUUUCCACGCCGGUGUCGGAGGCGGACAGCGGGCUGGCCCCUGACCUCUUCCCGUGCCCCUCGGCCAGCCCGAGCCUCCGGAGCCCCCUGCGGGAGAAGGAAGAGCUACGGCAGCUCAACGACCGCCUGGCCGCCUACAUCCAGCGCGUGCGGGCCUUGGAGGCGGCCAAAGCCGCGCUGCAUCUCCGCCUGGGCCGGUGCGAGGAGGAUGGCAGCCGCAACCUGGGCGUCCUGCGGCGCAUCUACGAGAAGGAGCUGGCCGAGGCGCGCCGGGCGCUCGAUCACCAAGCGCUGCAGCGGGCGGCCUUGCAAGUGGCGGCGGACUCGCUGCGCGACGAGCACCGGCAGCUGCUGGCCAGGAACUCUAAAAAAGAAAAUGAAUUAAGCCUGGCAGCUGCUCGAAUGAGGGAUCUGGAUGCUCAGCUAAACUCCAAAGAGGCUGAACUGGUGACAGCGUUACACAGGCAGCAGAGUUUAGAGAAAGAUCUUCAAGAAUCCAAGGAUCAGAUGAUCUCUCUUAAGGAGCUGGUAAAAGACUCUAAAAAUGAACUUCAGAAUGAGGAGUUGAAAAGAGUAGAGUUGGAAAAUCAAGUGAAGACUCUCCAAGAACAAGUGGCAUUUCUCAAGAGCAUCCAUGAACAUGAACUCAGGAACAAGAAGCAAUUUUACGAGAGCAGGAUUCAAGGAAUUGUAUCUGGCCAUCAACAGGAAUUUGAAAAUAAACUGAUGAAUUCUCUCCAGGAGCUCAGAAAAGAGCAUGAACAACAAAUCAGGGAAUACAAAGAUCAGAUGGAGAGAAACUUCCAGGCCAAAGUAGAAAAUGCUCAACUUUAUGCUGAAAAGGAGCAUGAUUUUGCUAAUUCUGUUCAAGAGGAACUCAAACAAACGAAAUGGAAGGUUGAUCAUCUUUUAUCACAGGUAAACUGAAAAACCAGG